ACCAAAAGUUCAACUACAACAAUAGAUGCAUCAGUUCUUUCCAUGUUUUGAUUUUGAUUUGGGUUUAGGUUCUCUUUUAGCUGAUGGAUUUUCAUAGCAUGAAGCGCAAAGAGCUGCAGGCGCUGUGCAAGAAGCAUAAAAUUCCUGCGAAUUUAUCAAACCUGGAGAUGGCGACCAAGCUUCAAGAAUACUUUAGGGAAAACGGGACAUCCUUAACUGAAGGUCUGAUCAAUGAUCAUGAAGAGAAUGCCAGCGAAACUGAAACUGCAGAUGUGGUUAUCAAUAGGAGAGUUAAGAAGGUUCGCUUUAGUCCUGACCAUGAAAUUAUCGAGUUUACCCGAGAAAAGAAAAGAACAAGUAGGAGAAUUUUGGUUUCAAGUAGAAAUAGUAGUUCGGCUGUUGAAAAUGUUGAUAGUGGCGAAGUUAAUAAUGAAGGUGUAUGUAGUUCAGGUAGACUCACACGGUCUAGACGGUCGAAACUGAUGGAAGGUGAGGUAAUUGAGAGGAAGAAAGGAACACAAAGUGUAAAUCUGAAAAAUAACCGAGCUGCUAUUGAAAAUUUUAACAAUGGCGACUCGAGGGAGGGUGAUGUAUUUAGCUUAGGUGCGGAAAUGCAGGACAGAGGGGAGCUAUUAGUAGAGGGUGUAAAAAAUCUGAGAAAAGGAGGAAGAAAAAGGGCAAGCGAUGAUGAUGGAAGAGAUAAGAAAGUGUUACAUGCUGCCAAUUAUGAGUUGAUUCAUGAAAUUGUGCACAACCCUGGUAAGGUUACAAGGUCUAGGGGGCAGAAAUUGAUGGAAGCUUCUACAAGGAAGGAGAAUAGAGGGAGAAAGGUCUCAGUAAAUCAUAUGGUUACUGAUGAAACUAAUGAGAAUGGUGUGUUUAGUAGUUCCUUCAGGAGUAGAGGGAUAGUGGUUGAAGAGAAAUUGGUUAUGGGCUCAGGCGUGAGAGUGAAAAAUAAUGGGAAAGGGUGUGAAGAGGUUAUGGAUAAUAAGGAAAGUGCAGCAUUACAUGUGAUGGCUGAACCUCAAAUUUUGUUGAGGAGGUCCAAACGGAAUGCAACUAAGGUUGGUGUAUCUGUAAUAUCGAAUCAUGAUACAAUGAAACAAGAGACUGGUGGGGUUAAGGGCUUGAGAAAGACACCAAAGUUGUUGGCAGCAGAAGGUUCAGGCGUGGAUGAAGAAAGUACAGGAAGUAAAGUUGAUUGUGAUGGAAGAGCAGUUCUUCAGAUUGAAGAACCUGUUAAACUGCACCAGCGAAGAAGUAAUAGGAGGAAAAAUGUGAUUGCAUCACAUGAAAAUGGAAAUUGUCAGUGUAAAGCAGAAACUGAGAAUGGAUAUCCCUUGACAAAUUCAGUACUGCAAUUAGGAAUGGCUGAUGGAGUUUCUAAAGAUAAUGAAAAGGCUCACCAGCCUGCUUGGACAACGAGGAGGUCAAGGCAGAAAAGUUCAAGCCUCAAUCCUGUUUCUGGUAAUGAAAAAUUUGAUACUGAUUCAGCAGCGAAGAUUUGUGAGACAAAAAUGCAUUUAAGUAAACCAUGUUUAGUAGAGAAAGGAAGUCCCACCGUCCAAAAGAAUAUGAGAAGAUCAAGAAGGGACGUUUCGAAGAAUGAAUCAAAAGAAAUUCUAGAUGAAUUUGGUGGAGAUUCUAUUAUUCAGCAAAAGAAUGGCGCAAGAAAGCGAGAAAGAGGUCCCAUCUCAGGAGGAGAUGUUAUAAAGACUGACAAUGAUCCAAUCUCUCUGAAACGAUCCAUGAGGAGAGAAAGUAGAAGUGAGAAACCUGAGCCAAAAGCUGCCAUAAGCAAAGUUGCUGAUGAAACGAAUCCACCAAGUAGAUGGAAGGAACCAAAUAUGGAUGCUUCAUCACAUGAGAGUUUGCUUGAAUCAUUUGUGGAUGCUCAGCUACCCAUGACGGAAGUUGCAGAAAGUACUAUCACCAAAGACAUAGUUAGUGAGGGACUGACUUCUAGUGGAAAGACUCACACAGAGAAAGAAGACGUCACUCUGGCAGAUAAUGCUGGUAGAACUGAUAUUAAGUUGAUAAAUGGGAAUCAAUUGGAGAACUCAGACGAAAAUGCCGCACCCAAUAUUGCCAAAUUGAAGACGGAUUCAGGAAAACUAAUUUCUUCCUGCAAACUCGAAGAUGUGGAAAAAGUCAAUUCCUUAUUGGAUUCUGAUGUGCAAAAAUUAAUUGACAAAAAUAUCUCAGACACAGAUAAGAAUGACCCUGAAGUUCAGAUGUCCAGCCAAACCCAGGAUUCUAGCUGCAAUAAUAUAAUCGACGACCAAGCACUUCUGGAAGUCUCAAAUGUUUGUGCAAAUGCAGGUUUUGCUGAGAGCAUCUUACUUGAUAACCAAACAGAUUUCAAGAUGACAGAGGCUGAAGCAGACAAGCACAUAGAACGAUGUUUGGAUGUGGUUGAUCAUGUUGUCAAAGUUGAAGGUGUUCCUGUCCAAGAGAACUUGAACUCUGCUGCAACAGAAAAUGCUAAUUUCAUAAGUUCCUUGACUGCGUGCUAUCAUAAUGAUGUGGAAUCAGAGGCUGAAGCAGACAAGCACAUAGAACCAAGUUUGGAUGUGGUUGAUCAUGUUGUCAAAGUUGAAGGUGUUCCUGUCCAAGAGAACUUGAACUCUGCUGCAACAGAAAAUGCUAAUUUCAUAAGUUCCUUGACUGCGUGCUAUCAUAAUGAUGUGGAAUCAGAGGCUGAAGCAGACAAGUACAUAGAACCAAGUUUGGAUGUAGUCCAUCAUGUUGCCAAAGUUGAAGGUAUUCCUGUCCAAGAGAACAUGGACUCUGCUGCAACAGAACAUGCUAAUUCCGUCAGUUCCUCGACUGCAUGCCACCACAGUGAUGUGGAAUCAGAGGCUGAAGCAGACAAGUACAUAGAACCAAGUUUGGAUGUAGUCCAUCAUGUUGCCAAAGUUGAAGGUAUUCCUGUCCAAGAGAACAUGGACUCUGCUGCAACAGAACAUGCUAAUUUAGUAAGUUCCUUGACUGCAUGCCACCAUAGUGAUGUGGACCACCUGGAGGCAUCCAAUAUUAUUUUUGAGAAUAAUAAUGAAGAUACACCCUCAAAAGCUGGAGAGCUUGGUGCUCUUGAGUCUUGCGAGAGACAUGUUGAUUCUUCUGACUCAAAGAGAGCAUUACAACUAAAAGAGCCAUCAUCAGACAAGCUAGGUAGAAGCUUUGAGGGUGAUAAUACAGCUGAAGGAGAUGAUACCUAUUUUCAUAAGGGUAUAGAUUCAGAGUUGGCUGAAACUGAUGAAGUUGGAUGCUUCCACGAUCACAAAAGUGCAAGUAAUGAAGACAGUGAAUCAACUGUGCCAGAUGUAUCUAAUGGCGAAAGAAGUGCUAGCAUUAUCCCACAAGAUCGAGGAAACUUUUCAGUGAAUUCUGAUGAGCAAGGGAUGGAAAACGAUUCCCCCGUGGUAACCCCCAUAAUCAUCCACAUAAACAGUGAUGAAGUUAAUUUAAGAAGAUGCUUUAAGGCUGAUCAUAUUGAAAGGGAAGAAACCUAUAGUUAUAAGAGUACACCUUCAGACAUUGCCAGAACUAAUGAAGGUAGAUCCUCUAUGGGUCACAAGAGCAAAUGUCAUGAGUAUGGGGAAUUCAGUAUAUCUAAUUUAUUUGAUGCUGAAAGAAGCGUUAUGAUCACACCACAAGAUAGAGAAAUCUUUUCUGGUGAAGAUUCAAUUAAGCAAAGGAGAUUUAAUGAAGAUGAUCAGAUAGCUGAAGGAGAUGAAAUAUAUCCACAUGAACCAAAUAGUGAUUCUGAAUUCCAAGGUACUGUGCCCCCUACUUCUAACAUGUGUGAAGACAUUGACAAAGAAACUGGUGCUGCUGACAGUAUUCAAGAAAAAGAAGUUUCUAUUUUGGGAGUUAAUACUCUAGGAGAUGAAAUGUCUAUGGAAGAGACUGCGGAAGAUGGAGAACUUGAAAAUUUCAAUCAAGCUGGUGAGAAUAACAGUAAAGAUACACAUGAACCAGCAGUAGAGCGACCAAACACUCCAUUAGCCAAACCUACUGCAGACACUAUUCAAGGACAUGAAGCUUCAAAUAAUGAAAGUGUAACAGCAGGGCAUGCAAUGUCCAUUUCCAAGACUAAUGGCGAAGGAAAGACCAGUGAGGUUGAAGGCUCCAACAUCAAGAAGGAUGCAAAUGAUGCAAAUUGUGGCAAAGAUAAAGAGGAUAUUGCUGAUCCGUGCAUCUCAGAUGGAGCAAUAUCCGCGGAUGCUAGCAAAGGGAUUAAAAGUCUUCCUCUUCCUCAAUUGAACUUUCAAGAUACAGAGGAAACUGAACGUCAAUGUAACAACCCGCAAUCAGGGCGCAUAGUGUCAGAAGGAUGUGAAGAGCGUACUAGUGUUCAAUCCAGCCAAAGCUGGACAGAAAUUGAACUCAACAGUCUCUUCGAGACAACUGUGAAUAGCAUCACUCCCGCCGGACUAAAAUAUACUUCCUCUCAAGGAACUGAAACAUUAAAUUUGACGAUGUCAAUGAACAGAUCGCUUGCCGACAGUGGUGAGAUGGAGGGAGAAAGAGAAAGUCAAUGUGCGAAAACCCAAUAUGAAAAUGUGGUUUUGCCAACUGACCAAGAAAAUCGACUUAAGUUGCUAUUUGAAUCGCCAAUAAAGAUUAUCGAUGCAAUCUCUGGUCGUGACACAGAAUUGGACAGAACUGUUAUGUCAUUUAAGGAAUGCAUUGACCCAACGAAGCAAAUUGAAUCUGAUGAAGAGCUGGCAGACGCUGGACGCGAAGUCGACAAGGGCUUUUACCCUGGAAAUUCAUCAUCAGAGAAAGUUGAAGAUGUCACUAAUGACGAGUUAAAGGAGUUUGACAGUGUUGAAUUAGAGAACAACUGUAUGAGUACGGUUCUUUCUGAAGCUGAGGUUGAUGGCUGUGAAGCUUCGGAGGAGCAGUUCACCGAGAGCACAUGUAACUGCAAGGAAGAAACUAACUCUGUAACAGAAGAAAACAAGGAAGAGAUGAUCAUUUCUCUAGGAGACGCCUGUCUUUAUGAGGAAGCAACCGAAGAUUACAGUGCAUCGACAGAGAAAAACAUUAGAAUUUCGUCUGGUUCAAUGAGGAAUUCAGACAAAGACGAAAACUGCACUGACAAGUUAAUAGACACUGAUUUGUCAGAAAACUUCAGUCAUGGGAGUAGAUUUUGUGGUAUAUCAGAGGGGACAAUGACACCAAGCAGUGAAGCGGCGGGUGGGUUAUCUGAUGCUGAUCAUCAGAAGUCUAAUGUGCCCCAGGACAAUCACUGUGACAAUUCCUGCAAUAAAGAUGUCAACAUUUUGAGGGAAACAUCAGCUGAUAAUCUUAGGGGACCUCUGGAUCCAGAAAUAGCAACCUGUGGCAGCUUUGAAGGUAGCUCUCCUAAUCUAUUUACAAGGGCCUCCCACGACAAUGGCGACAUAACAGAAACAAAAGAUGCAAAAUCAAUAAAAGAGGAUGGUGAUCCAUGUGAAGCUAAGAUUUGGGAUGAAAAGGAUGGAAAUCCAAGAUCCUCUCAUGAUACUUCUGAUAAGCUGCCUACCAACAGUGAAAUGGCAAAUUUUGAAAGCCUUUCAGUUGGUUACAGUCUUUGCCAGGAGGUAGAUAAACUUACAACCAUUCUUCAACUUCAGAGUACAAGCAAGGAGACGAUGGAGACAGGCACAACCAUCCUGAAUAUAGACAAAAUAGUUCUAGCUGAAGGAUGUGGUCCUUCUGUCUAUAGUGCUGAAUGUGAUACCCUCAGUACCUUGGUGAUCCAUGCAAGUCAAGGAAAUACGGAAAAUGGUGAUGUUGAACACUUAGAGGUGGAAUCACCUGUUUUAGAUUUGGAACGUGAUGACGAGAAGAAUCAUAAAGAGGUCAAGGAGACUUCAUCUGCUACAAUAAUAACAUUUUGCAACGAAAGCCCUGAUUUUGAAGAUAAAAUUGUUGAGUUCAACAACGAUAUUCAGACCUUGUCGGAUGUACCUGACUCUGGAUAUAGUGAAAUCUUAAAAGAAAGUGAUGUCGCUGAUGCCAUAAAAGAGUAUAUUGAUUCUGAAUCUUCUUUGUCUCUGCACUUUAAUGGCUCCAGUGCCAGCCAUCACAUUGAUGUAUUAACACACAGUAGUGGAAGGAAUGCCUGUGAAAAUGCUGCCUUGGGUGAGUCAGACCAGGAAGAUAUUGGAGUACUUUCCAAUUCUGAGGGUGAAGAUGAUAAGCCAUCGGUUGAGGCCCUUGAGGCAGAAAGCAAGGAACUGGAAGAAGCAACUCUGUCUAUGGAACUGGUUCCAGGGUCAAAGAAAUUAGUGAAAUCUCCUGCAUGUAUUAAUUUGCUUGGUGAAGAAGGCUCCUCUUGUCAUAAGCCAUCAGUUGAGACAAAAGGCUUUGCUGUUAACAACACAUCGGAGACGAACCACAGGUCCUCGUCCAAACAGUCAUGUUUGACUGCCAAGAACAAAGCCAGAACCAUCUUGAUACAUGGGACUCCCAGGAAGCUUAUGACUGUCGCAGAUAUGAAAGAGAAUGCAGCAACACACAAGCGUUCCAAUAAUAUUGGUGAUUUCACUACAACUAGACCAGCAAAAAGGAGGGCUUUGCAGGACGUCCAUUGGAAAUAGAAGCUCUUGGUUUUCUCUUCAAAACCGUUUCCAGGAGAUGUGUGUGUGGUGUGUUCUUACUGUUAGUUUAUGCAUAUCUCAUGCCAAUAUUUAUGAAAAAAGACCCAUUAGGUUUGUAUCUUCUUAGCUCUCUUGAUUCACAAAGGAAACUAGUAGAUUGUAAUAGAUUAUUCUGCAAUGGGUUUAAAACUUGAUUCAUGUGUUUA